GAAAAAUGCAAACCCCGGAAGUUUCCUGGCGAGGCUGACGCUUCAGAAGCACAUUGAGAUAAGUUGUCAGUCAAACAGACACCAACCGCCUGACAUCAAAAGCUUUCAGUCUGUUUAUGGUUAUUUAGGGUAGUAUGUUUUAGCAGGACGAGCCGGGCCGCUUUGGGUUACUGCUCUGCUUGAUUUUAGGCCGCGGGAGGAUAUGGUGGUUUCUAAUCUCACACAUCCCAGUAAAGGAAGGAAACACUUGCACUGCAAAUCUGCAGACCUCAGCUAGCCAAUCUUAUAUUUAACUGCUCUGUGUUUUUUAAAUUGGCUUUUUGGAAAUGAGAGCCUCGUUGGUCUUCCUUCAUAUCGUCUCAAGCUGCUGGCUGGUCAGUGCCACACUUUCAAAAACCGAUGCAAAGAAGUCGCACAAAGCUGAAGCUGAGACAUCUCCAGCAGAAUUAUCUGUACUGGAGAGAAACCUUGUUGUGUCAGACCCGCACUGGAAAGACAUAGCGAAGGAGGAAAAGAGAUACUGUGCACACAUCAAGAAAACGUUUCAAGGACCAGUGCUUGGAUAUGUGACACCCUGGAAUUCCCACGGCUAUGACGUUGCCAAGAUGUUUGGGUCCAAGCUAACUUCGGUGUCACCGGUGUGGCUUCAGCUGCGCAGACGAGGACCUGAAACCUUUGACGUUACGGGACUCCACGAUCACGAUCCAGGCUGGGUCAAAGCUGUACGCAAGUCUAACAAAAAAGUCAGGAUUGUGCCUCGGCUCUUAUUUGAUGGCUGGUCCUACCAGGACUACAUGGCAGUAUUUGGAAGUGAGGAUGAAAUUGACGAGUUGGGAACUGAGCUGGUGGAUGUUGCAAAAACUGAAGGUUUCGAUGGCUUCACCUUGGAGUUGUGGAGUCAGCUGGGAGGUAACAAAAGAAAGGAACUGGUCCAUUUGGUGAAACACAUAUGCGAGACUUUGAAAGCUAAAAGAUUAGACUGCAUUCUUGUUAUUCCACCAGCAGUAACAAGCACAGGGCAGCCGGGUAUGUUUGGCAGGGAGGAGUUUGAGCAGUUGGCCCCAGUCGUCGAUGGAUUCAGUCUCAUGACAUAUGACUAUUCCAGUGGUGCCAGGCCGGGCCCUAGCUCUCCGCUGCCCUGGGUCAGAGACUGUGUCCUCCAGCUUGCACCAAACUCUCAGUGGAGGGAGAAGAUUCUGCUUGGACUCAAUCUGUACGGCCUUGAUUUUGCAAGCCAGGGAACAGAGCCAGUCCUGGGAACAAGGUACAUCGAGAUCUUGCGAGAACACAGGCCAAAGGUUCUCUGGGAUGAAUACUCUGCAGAGCAUUACUUCACUUACAAGAGGAACAAUGCAGUUAAGCAUGUGGUGUACUACCCUUCACUGAAGUCAAUCGACCUGAGGAUUUCUUUAGCUGCUGAACUGGGAACAGGAAUUUCCUUGUGGGAAUUGGGACAAGGACUGGAUUAUUUCUAUGAUCUGCUAUAAGAGUUGGACUUGUUGGCGAACACUGUGAAUCUCGGAUUGACACAAUAUAUCUAUAUUUUUUGUCAUUGAAGUCAGUGCCGUUUUGUUUUUUUUCCUAUCUCGACAUCUGCAGUGAGCCACUGACGGGGUUUAAUUAACGCUCAACUUGUUUGAGGGUCGUGAAUGUAUCGAGCUCUUGAAUGACACGGCGGUUUAUUUUUAGGCAUCUGCAACCAACAAAAAAAGGUACUUCAGUGUAUUUUAUUUAUUUUCUGUGAUGAUACGAUUUAAAAAAAGAAAGAAAAAAAGUACAGAUUAGUACAUCUCUGCAUUCAACAAAAUAAGCUGCAUGAUUAUCAGUAUGUAUCCAUUUUAAUUAAGGGUUUAUUUAUAUUUGGAGGCCUUCAGACAUCUGCAGCAUCGCUUCAGUCCAACGCCUAAAAUCAUCUGUGCUCUUAAAAAGAUUCAUCCAUCAGCAACAAUACAUCUGCUCCUGAUGCUUUAUUUUUUAUUAUGUUUGAAUCUACACAAUCCUGUUGCUUUUACUCGGUUUAUAAUAACAGCAUCAACAAAUAACCAAGUGGUAUGUUGCAGUUUUGCCAAACAUCUCUUUCUGACCCAGCAUUUUUCUGAUACUUGUUCAAAAUAAAUGUUUAAUUACAUGAAUAUAAAAGUGGGACGACAAAGCUGUCGAA